UUAAACUUGUACGGAUACUGAUACCGCAGCCAGUCUGAAUUGCUCUUCAAGAUGGCAAGUAAAUUCUUGGUUUUGGCACUUUGCCUUAAUAGUGCACUGAUCUUUGUGGCACAAGGUGGCAAGAUCGACGACAGACUAAGCGAUGCUGAAUUUCGUAGAAUAUUCCAUCGUAGGCGCGCUGAAGUUCCUGACUACAAGACUGUCAUGCUGGAGACUUCCAACGGUCAUAGAUCAAGAAGAGAGUUGCGACCUGUAGAGUUCGAUAUCGACGGAACUAAAGUUCAAUUGCAUCUCAAUCCUAUCAAAGAGAAUGUAAUGAAUUACGUUCCUGUAUGGACCGUAGAGACUGACAGACAAAGCUCUACAGGUCAUCGCUAUCAAAAGCUCAGUGAAGAACAAACUAAAAUCGAUGGAACCUUUUACGAAGAUCCUGAGAAGGCGGCUAUGCUUUUAGCUUACUAUAAAGAUCAAUACAUUUACUAUGACGGUAUAUUCGGAGAAAGUAAAAUGACCAAGAUAGUUCGAUCUGUUCCGGAAAAGUGGUGGAUGACGCCAGGAAAAGAGGCAGGCAACGAUCACGUUGUAUUCAAUGUCAAUGAAAAUAAGGGUACCACUAAACCAGUUGGAGAUAGUUCGGAUGCAGAAAAGCUUGACGAGCCCUUGGAUGUCUUGUAUCCUAAACUUCUUAUUGUAGUGGCCAGUGACUACUUCAAGAAAUUCGGAGAAGAUGUAUCUGAAACUAUAAAAUACGUAUCCACGUUCUGGAAUGCAGUAAAUUUACAAUAUGCCAAGCUGGCGGCUCCCAAAGUAAAAAUUGUAAUUACUGGAAUCAUCAUAGCUAAGGAUGAUACCGCUCUGACAUUCAUUUAUAAUUCUCGUUUACCGGAAGAUAUGAACUCCCUAAAUACUUAUAAACUACUGAUCAAUCAAGGCCAAUAUUUUGAAAAGGGAUUCAAUAAGUCUCUUGAUUUCAAAAAUUACGACUCUACUAUUACACUGACAAACUUGAACACUGGGCCGAUUGCUGGUUCCGCGUACAUAGGGAAAAUUUGCGAUGACGGCUACAACGUUGGUUUUAUCAACGACGAUGCCAGCUACGGUGGAAUUCAAGCUGCUACGCAUGAACUUGGACACUUACUUAAUUUGCCUCAUGACGGAGCUCGUGCAGCAAAAUCUUGCGAAGCUUAUCCUGAUCCAAACGUUAGUACAAUCAUGGCUGCAUUCGUGGCAUCUGUAGAGAAAUUCAUUUGGUCUGACUGUAGCAAGAGGAUUCUUCGAGAAUUUGCAUCGACUAAGGCAGCCGAAUGCAUGAAGUACUCUUACGUUCCCGAUAAUUGAAUCUCUUCUAAGCAGUUUAAUCGAUGUAUGAAAAAUGUAUAAAACAUGACGUUACAUAAAUUAGACUUUUUAUACAUAUUAUAUUAUUAAUAAAGAUAAUUUUUCAAUAAUA